CAUACUUGCUAUUUUCCACAUAUUAAAACAUUUCUUUUUGGAAUUGGUUUUGUUGAUUGAUGCGAUAGUAUAUAUCUAUGUAUCUAUAUAGUCUUCCCAUUCUUGUUAUCAUCUAGUUCCUCAUAACAAUACUGAAGUUCUAUCAGUUAUAACCAUCUCGAGGAAGUAUGUCAGGCUAUGCCAUCAAGACAACAUAUGGAAAAAAGAGCAAAGAUGUUGAUGAAGCUUGCGCAAUUCACCAACCGAAACAGAGUGAUAUCACCGGUAAAAUCAUCAUCUUUACUCUUGCAGGGCUUUGCAUUCUGCUCUGCAUCUUCAUCAGCAUCGGUUUCUAUUUCAUAGCCAAGCCACCUAAAGCAAGCCUGACAUCAGUGGCUCUAAGUAACCUCAGGUACAACGAUACAUCAUCAAAGCCUUAUUUCAACGCAACACUGGCUAUGCAAAUUAGAAUUGAGAAUCCGAAUUUCGGGUUCUUUGAGUUUCCCACUAGUAAAGGAGAUAUCUUGUACAACGGUCGUGUUGUUGGUGAAGUGAAGAUUAAUGGACAACGAGUGGCUUCAUAUAGUGCCAUAAAAACAGAGGUUAGGACAGAAGUGAGUUAUAUAGAGAAUCAGGUAUCAUUGAAGAACGAUAUAAAGAGAGGGUUGAUUAUCCUCAAGAUCGGAGCUAAACUGAGAGGUGAAGUACACUUGGAGGCUUUGAACAAGACAACAGUUAAGUUGAAGUGUUUGAUGUAUCUUAAUCUGAUAGAUGAAGUGAUUCAACGUUUGUGGUGUAAAUGAAACUCUCUUGGCUUAGAUUUUCCAUACCUUUUUUGGGGUAACUUGAUUUUUCUUUUUAACUUUUUUUUUUAACUUUUUCUUUAGUUGUAUUAAGAUGUCUAUAA